AAAGGUCCUAAACUCUUCAAAGAGCCCAGCUCAAAGUCCAACAAGCCAAUCAUCAUCAAUGCCAUCGCCCACUGCUGUCUGGCUGGAAAAGUUAAUGAGUCCCAGAAGAAUGUUGUUCUUGAGGAGCUGGAAAAGUGUGAGUCCAAUCACCUUAUCAUCCUUUUCCGCGAUGGUGGCUGCCAGUUCCGUGCCAUUUACUCGUACUCACCAGACACCGAGGAGAUAGUCAAGUUCACAGGCACAGGGCCGCGUCAUAUCAGCCGCAAGAUGAUCGACAAGCUCUACAAAUACAGCUCAGACCGCAAGCAGUUCACUGUCAUCCCCGCUAAGACUGUGUCGGUCAGCGUGGACGCUCUGACCAUCCACAACCACCUCUGGCAGGUCAAAAGACCAGGGAGUGCACGGAGGAAGUGAGGAGGAGGACACUUGCACCAGUUUCUGUUCUAUCCACCACUGUUGGGCAGGACCCAAUAAUCUUGACUUGUCAUUAGAGUGGGGAGGGUUAGAUGUUCUCAUUAAUGAAGGAUGUGGCAGUUAGAGAUUAUGAAACACCUGCCAACUCAAUGUACUCUCUUUUUUCUUUUCAUUUUGUUUUUAUUCUGCAUGUCACCUGUCAGUGUUUUAAUUUGUGGGUACGUCCUACAUCAGUUAGGCACUUGGUUCCUUAUGUAGCAGUGAAGAGAGACUGGACCUGGAGUUGAAUAUUACUGGAUCUACUCACAGUAUCAAGCGUACUACUGACAACAAGUGCAACUACAGACAGGCAGCGAUGAACUUGAUAGCGUCUGUAAGUUUUGCUGUUUCAGCUUAGCAAAAACAAAAAAAAAACAAACCCUACUGCUGUGAUUAAUCCGGGCUGCUCAUACAGACACUACUUCUACUGCUGGUACAUGCUUUUUUGAGGAGGGGGCUUUGAACAGACUUUUUUAUGUACCUAUGGAAUGGAUGUUAGUCCAUGGUAAUGUCUCGUCUUGUUUUCUAUCUAGUGUGUUUGGGGAAGUGUGUGAGUCUUUGUGUUAGGGAGGGGGAAAGCUGAAUGCGCUCUUCAUGCGUUCAGCCCUGAAUGUGUUUACUCUCAUGAUUAUGCUUUAAAACUUCUGUUAUGCAACAGAACUGUGUUUUUUUUUUUUUUUUUUUUUAGUUUUAGAAGCUGUGUGCUGCUGUGAAGGUGGAAGACAAAUGAUGUUGUUUUUACACUAAGGGAAAUUCUACUAGUAUUUGUUCCAAACAGGAAGCGCUUUUGAGACUGCAUUAUGCCAUAUCAGCAGUGCAUAUUGUAUAUUGUAAUUAUAUUCCACCGCCCAUAUGAGCCAUCUGAGAUCUCUGACUGGCUCAUAUUGCCGAACCAAAAUGACUGAGCUAUACCACUGAGCUGUUUGCUGCUCAUUAACUGCUCACUGGAUUCUGUGCAUUUUUAAUGUAGCUUCUGGCGCUCAGCACUAGUAAUUUCCCUGUAAUGACUGAUUGUCAGCGGCUGGUACAAUGUUUGGGAAAACUGCACAAUACUUGAUAUUUGUUUGCUGCAUUUUGUACAUUUUUGAGUAGUAUUUUUUGUAUGUUACGUACAAGUUAUGUUUACUAAAAAGCAGGCACUAUUUUGAGGUUUAUUCUGUUACAGGCGUCCACAGAUGUUCUAAGUCUGAUUUCAUUGUGUUAAAUUGUAUGUUUAUUUAUUUUGAAGAGAUAUAAUAAAAUGCAACUAGGUAUGUUUUCUUGCUAAA